GAAGGUUGCAUAACCACCCGUUGCCAACAAAACUACUUGUUGACCGUUAAAUUUUUUGGCCAAUAGGGGCUCACGUGCGCUUUUUAUUUGAAAUCCUCACUGCAUGGCCAUGUUAGCUUAUUAGCGUCUUGGUCGUCGAGUGGAACGUGUCGAACUAUUCAGCUAUGUGAAGACGUUUUUUCUGAAAAAUUAUUUUAAGUCAUCUGUUAACAUUCCCUACGACGACCAGCAAAGAACAUAGAACAUGAAGGCGGCAGGUAAAUCUAAGAAGACUGAUCGCGAAACAAUCGUAAAAAGCAGAAAGAGUUCAUACGAUUUACGUACAUCAAACGUAUAUUUUCUUCACCCAUCCGCCAAGCUGGAACAAGAGCAAAGAGAAUUAAUAAGAUGUCCUCCUCUCACAAGGAAGACUUGCACUGCUGUGCUAAAUAGUAAAGAGAAAUUGGGAGCUACACCAGUUGGCACGAAAGGCAAGUUGAGUUUAAUGUAUGAUAGGACUGUGAAGAAAAAGUAUGUGGAACAGCUAUUCCUUAAAAUUGAUAAGAUUGGAGAAGGAUCAUUUGGUAGUGUACAUAGAUACAGGUCUGUUGAAGACAACAUGUGUUAUGCUAUCAAGGUGAUUAAGCGUAAACCUAAUGAUGUGUAUGGAGAGGUUGACUGCCUCGAUUUAAUUGAUAACAAUCCAUAUUGCAUACAGUACUUGAAUGCCUGGGAGGAGUGCGGGAUGAUAUACAUACAGUUUGAACUUGCCAUCAUGAGUCUAGCGGAUUAUGCAAAGAGGAAUCACAAUAUCUGCGAAGAGGAGUGUUGGAAUAUACUUUACGAUCUGUUGAAGGCACUGGCUCCUCUACAUCAGAGGGGCUUGUGCCACAAUGAUAUUAAGCCUGAUAAUAUCAUGAUCACUUUUGACGGCAAGUACAAGCUGUGUGAUUUUGGCCUGUUGACUGAUGUUAAGCUUAUGUCAGCAAAGAGCGCCCUAAUGAAAUCCGAAGGGGAUGCUAAAUAUGUAGCAAAUGAGGUUCUACAGGGUGAUAUGAGCACUUCAGGUGAUAUCUUUGCUCUUGGCAUAUCCUUGCUGGAGUUAUCCAUGGACUUACUCCUACCUGGCUAUGGUCCUUGCUGGCAUGAUUUACGUCAAUGUUCUUGGCGCAUGCUUCCCUCCAAUGCAAAAGGACGUAUUUCUUUUGAUUUGGAGACUAUCAUCAAUUGGAUGAUGCAUGUCGACCCAGCUCAACGACCAACUGUGGAACAGCUUUUUGGAACACAGAAGAUGUUGGAUAGACGUCGCGCCAAAAAACCCCGCUUUGAUUAUUUUAAAGCUUGGUACAGCGCGAACUGUAACGCUGAUAUCAGAGGGAUGCUUACGGUCACAAUAAAUUUACCUGAUGAUCAGAACAUCAAUGAACCGGCUACACCAAAUAGCGACCGUUCACUGUCGCCUGUUACCACACCGAAACAGCGAGUUUCGACAAUAAUCGUCCGCAAAUUCAUACCACUGAAACUGGACAUGGAGGCUCCGGCCACUUCCCUCGCCGUACGUUAAGUAUUGAAAGGUAUAAUAUCCCAAAAAAAUAUGCUAUCAAUAUUGCUAAUAUGAUCUCUUUCUAAUAUUAAUAUCUAAAGACAUAAGCUAGUUAAAUGUUUCUUGUCAAAUUUGUUUUCUUUAUUACUUUAAA